AUGAAGUCUUACGAUGCGACCACGGAUCCGGAAGAUCACUUGUUUGCCUUCAUUACCCAAAUACGCCUGCAAACUGCUACGGAUGCGGUUAGGUGCAAGACCUUUCCAAUGUUUUUGGAGGGUAAGGCGCGUCAGUGGUUCCAGGAGCUUCCUCCCAGGUCCAUCCGGUCCUUUGCCCAGCUCGCGCGACUAUUCGCGGCCCAGUUCGUUUCAUCACGAGCCUUCUCCAAGAGUACGGCGCAUCUGAUGACUAUCCAGCAAAGGCCUGAGGAGUCCUUGCGCGAAUACAUGGUACGUUUCAAUAACGAGUCCCUUCAAGUUCGAGAUCGCGAUGACAAGGUGGUCAUUGUUGCCUUCAUUAACGGGCUGCGAAAACAAAAGCUCUAUACCGAGCUCGUGGAGAGACCUCCCAAGUCAGUUCGGGAAAUGCUAGACCGAGAUCAUGAGAAGGCCAACGCGGAGGAAGCCAAUCGCCUUAAGAGUGUGCAAGAAAGAUUGAGGGAUGACAAGCGCAGGAGGGGCGCCGACCAGGUGGAUGUACAGCCUAUCCAGGGAAGGAAAAACGCUUAUGACCGCCUUCCCAGGAGCCGUCCAAUGGGAGGAAACAAGUCCUGGACUGGUCUCACGGCACCUCGAGCUCGGGUGCUCGCAGUGAUGGAACAGGAGAGGCUCUCUCGACCUCCUCGUCCUUUGGCCGGUGACAAAAGCAGACGGGAUCAACGUCUGUAUUGUGCUUAUCAUCGAGAUGUGGGGCACGAUACAGAGGACUGCCGUCACCUCAAGAAAGACAUUGAAAAACUGAUCAAACGAGGCCAUCUGGGGCAGUUCAUACGAGAGGAACGAGCUGACCAGUAA